AGUGGAAUGAAAAUUGAGAGGAAGUAGGUAGGUGGGCGGUGCCAGGCUAAAGCGCUCCUGGAUCAUUGAUUGAAUUUUAGAUUGGAACAUUUGAUGCACGUCAGCAUAUGUUCCAACUCAACUUUGACUUCUCUUUUAACUCCAGAUGGCGAACAAGGUAACCCGAUGCACCUUGCAAGAGGUCCAUGGCAUCCCUUUGCUGGAGCCCAUAGUCCAGCACUGGGAGAAAGUCGAGGCCUUUCAAGCGUUUCCAGAAGACCUACUCAUCGUCACAUACCCAAAGGCAGGUACUACAUGGACGCAGGAGAUCGUAGAUUUGAUCUUGCACGGCGGCGAUGCGGAGAUGGUGAGGCGGGCUCCGACAAGCACCCGCAUGCCCUUCCUGGAGUUCAGCUCGCCCAUAGCAUCUCUCCCCGGGAUUACUCAACUCGAGAAGAUGGAUCCUCCUCGUGUGAUCAAGAGUCAUCUACCCAUCCAGCUGCUGCCUAAGUCCUUCUGGGAAUCAGGAAGCAAGGUUAUCUAUGUGGCUCGGAACCCUAAAGACACCUUGGUGUCCUAUUUUCACUUUGACCGCAUGAACAUGAUUCAGCCGGAGCCGGGACCAUGGUCAGGGUACCAGAAGAAGUUCAUGGAAGGACAAUUGGGAUGGGGAUCGUGGUACGAACAUGUCAAAGGUUAUUGGAAGGAGAAGGACAAAAGGAAUAUACACUAUCUUUUCUUCGAGGACAUGAAAGAGAAUCCUGCCAGGGAGAUUCAGCGUAUUGCCAAGUUCCUUGGUCACCGCUUGUCAGAAGACAUUCUCAACAAUAUCGUGCAAUUGACGACGUUUGAUGCCAUGCGAGAAAACCCAAUGGCCAACUACUCCUCAGUACCAGGGAACAUCUUUGACCGGAAGGCGUCUGACUUCUUGAGAAAAGGGGAGGUUGGUGACUGGAAGAAUCACUUGAGUCCUGAGGAAAACGCUGCAUUUGAAAAGCAUUAUGUGGAAACCAUGUCUGACUGUGAGAUUCCCUUCCGUUUUGUGAUUUAAAGUCCGGAACAAUGGGAAUGGGAUCAUCUUCAUUUACAUUUAUCUUAAGAAUAUUCAACAAUUCUAAAGUAUUCUUUAUAGAUUGUAUUUUCCUUUUGAUUAUUUACUUUCAUCAUGUCAAAAACAUAUAGCACUAUGAAUUCAACAUAGUGGCAGUAUUUUAUAAAAAUAUAUAAAUAAUUGUAUGAAUUUGCCGAAUAAAAUGUAAGUUUACUAUUGUGA